CUACCCUUGAGUACGAACCUUUGAGCUGCUGUGCCGACAGACAUGCAGCUGCUAUGACCGUGACCCCAUGACGUCCCGCAUGUCCGCCCUGGCCGCCGAGAUUGGCCCAAAUGCGUCAAACGCGACUGCACAACCAUUCAAGUUCCAGACCAACCAGCCCCAGGUGGCUUGCGUCUCGCUGUCCGGUAACGCCGCCAAUCCGUUUGAUGAUGCCAGUGGACACCGCUUCAUCCUGGUCUACUCGCUGGGCCGUGUGAGGCUGCUGCAGGCGUUCCAGGGCUUGUCCACGAUGCGGGAGUUUGAGAAGAAGAGCGGCGCGCGAUUCACCUGGGUGGGCGAGGUGGCAUUCAGGGCGUGGUGGGGCCAGCUCUGCGACCGUGCCUCGGGAUCCAGGUCGGCCUCGUGGGUCGACCUGAUCGGAGUGCCCUUCGCGGACCGCGCUAGCGAGUCGGCCUACGUGGCGGCCCCUAUGAUGCUGUGAGUGUGGCGGCGGAAGGGGACGUAUGGGAAUACACGGGGUCUGAAUGAAAGCCGAUGGUCUCCAUUUUUGGGCUGAGCCCCCUGAGCGAAGCGAUCCAGGGGGGGCGAAGCCCCCCAGGAUUGCCCCUGUCCGUGCCUGCCUGCCUGUGUCGACAAAAAGUACCAUACUGGCACAAACCGCGAGCGCCACGUAUUAUUAAUUGCUAUUCCCUAUUGUAGAAAAAUAGGCGGCAGGGAAAACUCGGCCGGAGCGAGAAGCGACCUCGCGAGUCCAUGGACAUCUUGACUUUCUUCAGUCCGCGAGUAUAGCUCUCGGGCCCUGAAUAUCUUACAUCCAUGUAUCAAAAUAUGUCGACGACAAGCGUCUUGGGGCAAGAAUGUCGAAAGUUUGUGCAACAGCCGAACCAUGCGUGCCGAUCCCGCCUUAAUUAUGUCGCGGCCCCGGAUCACGCGCCCGAGCUCCACUAGCCGUUUGUGGUCCUUGUGAGGGAUUUGGAAUGAGGUAUCACGGGCUCAUGUGUGGAGUGGCGUGGACAGGGCGUGGCGGUGCCUUUGGUAUGCCCCUUUGCCAGUCCCGCUGGGCUUGCAAGGGUGCUGUUUAUGUCGCCGGUACCCAUCGUCACAUCCCUUGCUCUAGGGGCUCAGCCCAUUUUCCAGCUGUACAAAGCUGACACCCCUUGUUCAUGGGACUGGUGCUUUUCGUUGCAGGAACCCUGGCCAUUUGUUCGUUCCCAUACGUUUUUGGGCUGAGCCCCCUGAGCGAAGCGAUCCAGGGGGGGCGAAGCCCCCCAGGAUUGCCCCUGUCCGUGCCUGCCUGCCUGCCUGCGUUGACAAAAAGUGCCAAACUGGUGCAAACCGCGAGCGCCACGUAUUAUAAAUUGCUAUUCCCUAUUGUAGAAAAAUAGGCGGCAGGGAAAACUCGGCUGGAGCGAGAAGCGACCUCGCGAGUCCAUGGACAUCUUGACUUUCGCGAGGUCGCGAGGUCGCAAGGAAAGCAGCCCUGUCACGCGGAUUCCAAAAAGGAAGAGUUGCCAACUUCAAUAUAACAGCACCGAGUGCAAGACGAUGCGGUGUGAUUGUGUGGGUGUGUUACAUGGGCCCCGACUCCCCGUGCCGUGCCGGGAAAUGGGGCUGGAGUACUAGAAAGUGCAUGGCGCUGCAUGAGGUGCAACUCAGAAGGAGGUUGCGCAAUGGUGUACGUGGUCUGUAAUUCGGCCAGCAGGACAUGUGCGCCCCCUGUCUCCCGGCGGAUUUAGCAAAUUAUGGUGGGCACGAAGUCAUCAGGUCAUGUUUAGGGAAAGGAUGUGCGCAAACAAAAGCCGACAGCGUUAAUUGCUGUCAUGUUAAAUGCAUGUAGCCGGGUCGUUAUCGCGAGAGAGGUGGCCGCAUUGGUUUGGAGCCUCUUCGACUUCCUGUCAAAUCUGGCAUUGUUCAAUUUCGGCAGACAGGGAGCUGUUUCGCUGCAGGGCUAACUUCCGCACACGGCUUUUGAGUGCAUGAAACACAUUCUCUAUGGGAUUCAGUUCUGGUGUGUAUGGUGGCACAAAGCAAAACUCGGGGAGUUGGACCCCACAGGGCUCAGCAUCUGCAAACAGGUUUUUAUGGAUAGAUGCAUUAUCGAGCAGCAUCAGACAUGAACUAUCGAGCUUCAAAGACUGUACAAACCCGGCAAAAUCAAUUUUCUUGAGACCUCCCACUUUUAGCAUGGACCCUACAACAGAACCAUGGUUAUCCACGGCAAGGAGAAGUGAGUGAUGCGUCCAGAUUCCUGUGUGUGUGCGCGCAAUAAUGUGCUGACCCUUGGGCGCCCAUCCAUACAAAGGCACCAUGCGUUCACUGAAUGCAUAUGCGUGUCGCUAGAGAUCAUGCAAUUGCCGCCGGUGGUGGGCUUGCUGCCCCUGGUGCAGCAUGUGCAGGCGCGGCGGUGCAUUCACAUGCGGUUCUGCCGCUCGUUUGUGUGUGUCAAUCAGGAGCCUUUGCGCUUGGAGUGACUGCGUUGUCUGUAUCGGUUCUGUGUUGUUGCGCGUUGGGCCUGAGAGUCGAGAGCAAUGUGUGGGCCUAGCUAGCUGUUGGCGGGCGCCACACCGAGCCUUGCUUGGUGUUGUUGUGAUGCACUCUUCCAGCUGUCAAACGUAGCGUAAUCGUUCAGGGGCACCGGACACCGUACUGAUCAUCGAAUAUGAUGUAGAACGUGGGCGCCUUCGAUGUCACAAUUGGGCGGCAAGCAAGUAACACAACGUCCCGUGAGGUGGCGAAUCCCCCCGUACCCGAU